AUGGACGCCUCGACACUCUUGGCUGCGACCUUGUCGCCGAAUGCGCAAGAACGCGAGAAUGCGACCGCUCAACUGGCCCAGUCCCUCAGCUCGAGCCCGACACAGUAUCUCGUCUCGCUGUCCAACUCGCUGGCGGACGCCAACUUGCCUUCCCACCUGCGCAAUGCGGCCGGCCUCGCCAUCAAGAACGCGCUCUCGGCGCGCGACACGAGCCGCUCCGACGAGUAUGCCCAGCGCUGGAAGUCGCUCGACCCCGCGACACGUACCCAGCUCAAGCAUGCCGUGAUGUCGACCCUCGCCGCGGCCGAUCGCGGAGCUCGCAACGUCGCGGGCCAAGUCGUGGCCGCCAUCGCCGCUAUCGAGGUGCCCGCGGCCAUGUGGCCCACCCUGAUCGCGCAGCUGCUCGAGCUCGUCGCCAACGGUGACAACCCAGGUCUGCGGCAGGCUACACUGCAGGCGAUCGGUUACAUCUGCGAGUCGAUCGUGAGUCGCGCCCGCGCUGUGGCGCGCUUCAGCUUUCCCCGUCCGGCAGCCCCUGGCCGCGCUCCGGAAGCAGAUCGCGGCCCCGGUACCUCCGGCACUCGCUCCAGGCGCCAGUUCAUUUUCGGCGCCAUCUUUUGCGUCUCACUGAAGCAUCCGUGUAGCGGGACGUGGCUGUGACGAUAUGGGCACCCGCGCUCCUGGGCCGAGGCGAUGCAAUGCUUGGCGGGACUGACCCCCUUCGACACGCGCGCCGAAAACUGACCAAACGUGACCGCUUCAUACUGUCCACCCACAGAAACCCGAGCUGUUGGCGAGUCAAUCAAAUGAGAUCCUGACCGCGGUCGUGCAAGGCGCUCGAAAGGAAGAGCCAAGGUGUGUGACCCGAGUCUCGCAGGCCGUGCACGUCGAGAGUUCUGACUCCAUAGCCUCGUUCGCCGGCAAUUUACUAGCCCGGACGUGCAGCUAGCGGCUGUGCACGCCCUUUACAACUCUCUUGAAUUCGUCAAAGACAAUUUUGAGCGCGAGGUGGGUUGCGAGCCUUCUCUACCUACGCGUGGCUCGUGCCUCCGGCGUGACUGAUCCGGAUUUUGUGAUUCGCGGUGUUACCGAUAGGGAGAACGAAACUACAUCAUGCAAGUGGUCUGUGAGGCGACACAGUCACCGUCGUCCGACGUUCAGGUUGCCGCAUUCGAAUGUCUCGUUCGUAUCAUGAGCCUGUACUACGACUAUAUGAAGCACUACAUGGAGCGAGCGCUCUUUGGCGUGAGUCAAGUGCCCGCACCCUUGGCCGCAGGCUGUCCUCCCUGAAGCCUCAAGCCUCUGGGUCGCCACUAAUGUCUACGCCGAGCCGAACUCUAUCAGUUGACCGUACUGGGUAUGAAGCACGCUGACGAGCAAGUGGCUUUGCAAGCCGUCGAAUUCUGGUCGACCGUCUGCGACGAGGAGAUCGAGCUCGCGCUGGAAGCCGAGGAGGCAGCCGAGUAUGGUGACCAGUCGGAACGUGACUCGUCGCAUUUUGCUCGCAUUGCGCUACCAGAAAUCCUGCCCGUCUUGUUGCAGCUGCUCCUCAAGCAGGAAGAGGAUACGACCGAGGACGAGUGGAAUGUCUCCAUGGCGGCAGGGACUUGCUUGGCACUUCUCGCGCAAUGCGUUGGCGAUGGUAUCGUGCCCCCCAUCAUCCCCUUCGUCGAGACGAAUAUCAAGGACGCGGAUUGGCGCAAGCGGGAAGCCGCGGUGAUGGCGUUUGGAUCGAUUCUGGAUGGACCCGAGGAGAAAACCCUGAUGCCCCUCGUUUCGCAAGCCCUUCCGAUGCUGAUCGAGAUGAUGCACGACCCCUCGAUGCACGUCCGCGACACCACUGCAUGGACGCUCGGACGAAUUACCGAUGUACUGAUCAAGACCAUCAACUUGGAUGCCCAACUGCAACCGCUGGUUACAGCCUUGGUCCGCGGUCUCGAAGAAUCACCGCGCAUCGUCAGUAACUGUUGCUGGAGCAUCAUGAACUUAGCGGAACAACUGGGCGAUGCCCAAUCUGAGUCUACGGAGAUGAGUCCAUAUUACGACGGCAUCGUUUCCGCGUUGCUUCGGCUUGCCGAGAAGUGAGUUUCUUGUCUCUUUGCCGUGAGUGGGAACUUCUGCUUAUGCUUGCUUCACAGGAGCACGAAUGAAGCAAGUGCUCGAACUUCAGCCUACGAGGCCUUGUCGACACUCGUAACGCACGCCUCAAAAGACACCCUACCUACGAUUUCCAAGCUCGUGCUUGCUUUGCUUGAUCGUUCCGAGACUCUUCUGGCACUGCAGGUAAGCUCCACCCUGUCGUGGAACAAGUCCGCUCUCUGCUCAAGCGACCUUCUCUUCGACAGAGCCAAUUGGUUGGCGCGGAUGACUGGAACAACUACAUUGAACUUCAGGUCAACAUCUGCACGGUUCUCACGGUUUGUUACCCGUCCCAUGCGAGUCUUAUUCGCAUACCACUGACCUAGGGACAACGCGCCAUACAUACAGAGCGUCACACGGCGACUCUCUCGCACUAUUCAGCCUCUUGCCGAUCGGAUGAUGACUCUGCUCCUCCAGCUCGUCAGCUCAGCUGGGAAGCAGUCCCCAAUUCUCGAGGACGCUUUCCUUGCUAUCGGCGCUAUCACGGCUGCACUGGAUGAGGAUUUUCAUCCCUAUCUUCAGGCCUUUCUCCCGUUUCUCGUCAAUGCUCUCAACUGCCACGAAGAGUACCAGUUGUGCUCGAUCGCGGUUGGGCUCAUCGGCGACCUCUGUCGGGCACUGGGCGAAGCCAGCCUCCCGUACUGUCAAGUCUUCAUGGAGCUCCUGCUCACCAAUCUACAGAGCACGGUUCUGCAUCGAAGCGUGAAGCCUCCCAUCAUCAGCUGCUUCGGUGACAUUGCCUUGGCGGUCGGACCAGGAUUCGAGCCAUUCCUUGAGACAACGAUGUCGGUGUUGCAACAGGCUGGAACAGUCCAAGUAGACACGGUUAGUACUGCCGGCUGCGUCCCGCUUAGACGAGUACGCCAUGCAGACUUACCGGACUUUGCCUCUGCGCACCAUCUGACAGAGCAAUUACGAUCUCAUCGACUACGUGAUGACCUUGCGCGAGGCGUUGCUCGAAGCCUAUACCGGCAUCGUCAGCGGUCUCAAGUCGGGUAGCAAGUCGGAUAUACUCCUUCCAUAUCUCAACUCGAUUUUUGCCUUCGUCCAUCAGGCCCUCUCUGAUCCAGACCGUACCGAAACCCUGUUACGUUCAGCAAUUGGGCUUGUUGGGGAUAUCGCCGAAGCCUUUCCGGAGGGUCAACUCACAGAGGCCCUCGGCUCACCUUGGGUUGCCGACAUGCUCAAGGCUGGCCGCACCAAGCUUGGUAGUUCAGAGACCAAAAAAGUUUCGAAAUGGGCUAAGGAGGUCAGUGGAUGCGCUUUCGGUGGUUCACUAUCUUGCCCCUCUGCUGACCGGGUCUUCCGCUUGAUCUCGGCAGAUGGUUCGUCGCGCAAUGCAGUGA